UCUUUUAAAAUCCUUUAAUCCCCUCUCAUUUUCAUCCAGACACCCUCCUUUCGAUUUCUCUUCCAAACCCCCUUCGAUUUUCCCUCUUUGAAUCGUCCCUCAUCCCGCCGUCGCCGCAUCCUGCCGCAGUUGCCGUCGUCCUUGCAUCCCGUAGCAUUCACCGUUGCGGGGAUUCAGCCCACUCCUCUCGUCUCCUUUUGCUAGCCGGCAGCUGCCCGUUGCCGUUCGUCACUGAUGUUCGUCCGUUCGCCUGUCGUCGUUGCGAGUUGCUCACCGCUACCCAUCGACCUACCGUCGCCUCCACAGCUGCAGUUAGGUUUUCAACUGCCAAAGAAGAAGAAAAAACAGAUGAAAUCGAAGCUUCUUGAAGACACUGAGGGGAUGGAGUGGUGCUUGAGGGCUAGGAAGGUCGCUCUAAGAUCUAUUGAGGCAAGAGGCCUCACCUCUACUGAGGAAGAUCUUUUUUCUGUGAAGAAGAAGAAGAACAACAAGAAGAAGAAGAAGAAGAAGAAGAUUUUGGGAAGUAAGGAUGAUAGAGUUAAUAAGCACAGCAAUGACAUUGAGGAAGGCCUGGAGUUUGAUUCCGAUGAGGAGUUGGAUUUGGAUUUGGAUUUGUUAGAUAGUUUAGCUGUUAACGACACUAAUCACUUAAGUAAGAGUGUGAGCAUGAUGGCUGGUGGGAUGUUUGAACAGAGGAAAGAGAAGACAAUGGAAGAAUUUGUUCACAGGCUGUCCCAAUUCUCGGGGCCUUCCGACCGAAAAAAGGAAAUCAACUUGAAUCGAGCAAUUGUAGAAGCACAGACUGUAGAAGAAGCUUUGGAGGUUAUUUCUGAUAUGAUCCUUGCUGUUGGGAAAGGAUUGAGCCCUUCCCCCCUGUCUCCUUUGAACAUUGCCACAGCACUUCAUAGGAUUGCUAAGAACAUGGACAAAGUUUCGAUGUUGAGAUCGCACAGGUUGGCUUUCGCUCGUCGAAGAGAGAUGUCCAUGCUGGUGGGUAUUGCCAUGACAGCAUUGCCCGAAUGCUCGGCACAAGGCAUCUCCAACAUUGCUUGGGCAUUGCCCAAGAUUGGAGGUGAUCAGCUUUAUUUGUCAGAAAUGGAUAGAGUUGCAGAAGUUACCUUGACCAAGAUAGAGGAGUUGAAUUCUCAGAAUGUUGCUAACAUUGCUGGGGCAUUUGCUUCGAUGCAACAUUCUGCGUCCGAACUCUUCUCGGAAUUGGCCAAAAGGGCAUCAGAUAUAGUCUAUACCUUUCAAGAACAGGAACUAGCUCAGGUCUUGUGGGCUUUUGCUUCUUUAAAUGAGUCUGUUGACCUUUUGCUAGAAUCUUUAGAUAAGGUUUACAAUGAUAAAAGUCAAUUUAAAUGCCUUUUAAGGGAAGGAAAAUUAAAUAGUAAUCAAGAAAUCAUUGUUGGUGUCAGUAGUGAUCUUGAAAGAGAUGGAGCAUUAGGCUUUCCAGUGCUCAAAUUUAACAGAAAUCAGCUAGGAAAUAUAGCUUGGUCCUACGCUGUUUUCGGGGAAAUGAACCGUAGUUUCUUUUCUUACAUUUGGAGAACCAUAAACUACUUUGAGAAGGAAAAAAUUUCAGAGCAGCAUAGGAAUGAUAUCAUGUUUACUUCUCAACUGUAUCUUGUAAAUUACUGCUUGAAGCGGGAAUACCCGCAUCUUCAACUAUCUUUAAGCGCCGAUCUCGAAGAGAAAGUCGGUCUUGCUGGCAAAACAAAGAGGUUCAAUCAGAAAACGACUUCAUCGUUUCAGAAGGAAGUAGCCCGCCUUCUCAUUAGCACGGGUCGCGAGUGGAUCAGGGAAUAUGUAGUUGAUGGUUACACUUUAGACGCAGUUUUAGUAGAUGAGAAGGUUGCUUUGGAGAUUGAUGGUCCAACUCAUUUCUCAAGAAAUACAGGGGUACCUUUGGGACACACCGUGCUGAAACGUCGCUACAUAACUGCUGCUGGUUGGAAGGCGGUAUCAGUGUCUCACCAGGAGUGGGAGGAGCUGCACGGGGAGGUUGAGCAACUAAACUAUCUACGAGAAAUCCUUAAAGAUCACUUAGAUUAAAGGCCGUGUGAACCAUGUAUAUGCUUUCUUUUUUAAUUUUUCUAAAUGAAAAGCUCGGUUUCUCAAUAGAAAAAAGUUAUGUGAACAGUGAACCACGAAAGUGUAUGUUUCUGAGUAAGCAGUUUAUGUGUUCAUUGAGAAAUUAUGCUUCCGGUUGACCAACCUUAAGAGUAUGUGAGGUUCUUUUCUUGAUGGGUAUGAUGUGAUUAUCAGAAUAUUACCUAUGUUACUUUAUUUAGCAUCUUUAAGAGGGUUCUGUUGUAUCAAAUCACUUUUGCAAUUGAUCCAUCAUGAUGAACUUUAACAGCGAACACUCAUUUACAACCGAUAGGUUUCUUUCCUGCAGAAAGAGACUAAAUCCCAAGUACCAUUGUCAUCUAAGGCAGUCAUCCUCCAACAUAGUAGCCCGCCAACCAAGAUGAGAUAAAGUUUCAUGGACAGUUUUAGGAACAGAUACAGACUCAAGGGAUGUAAUAAACGAACAAGUAGGUGAGGACAAAUGGUUAUAUGAAACAAAAGAAGAAACAUGGUAUGUACACUUACGCUUUCCGAAGAUUUCUCCUUUUGCUAGCCAGCAGCUACCCAUUGCCGUUCUUCAUAUCUUGUGCAUGCCUCUCCUUGGUGCUUUUGUUGACCAUUUUCUCUAAGCUAGGCUCCAUAUUGGAGUUCAUUAUUGUUGCUUUCCGAGUGAUUUUCACAUUCUCUUAGAACAUGCCCCAAUUUACCACAGCUAUAUAGUAGUAAUGUAGCAACUUCUCGUAAGUGACAGGAAUUCAUUUUCCAAGGCCAUUGACAUCACUUUAACUUUGACUCUCCUCUGUAGCGGUUUGUACACAUCUAUUUUGGUCCUGACUCUUUGAAUCAGACUGUCAGAACAUUCUUCUUCAUUUGUAUCUACUUUUUCAUAUUCUCCUACUAGAUUUUCUUAGAGCACAUUUUGCUUUCAUGAAAAAAUAAGCUAUAGGUAGUUCAUGGAAGUGUAGCAAAAAAUGAAACAUAAAUGAACUUAAAGAGAAGAAUAGUUAUUGUUUCCUUUUGCCUCCUCAAGAAUUAGGAGCGUCAAACCAAGAGUCAUUAUCCUUGUUAUAUUAUUGACAACUAAUUUGUAUUUGAUAUUUCUUGGUGAUAUUGUACAUCUAGGUGGACACAUGUUGGUGACUCAGCUCUAGAAGUUUAAUCCAACUCAGGUGAUUUCUUUUCCACUCAAAUAACCUCGGUUAGGGUCUCCUCCAAAUAGGUUCUUACCCGAAAAGUUAUUUAUGCCACUUUGGGAUAAAAGUUUGUUGGGUUGGUAGUGGAUGGUGAGCAGAAAGAGAGAGUGCGUGAGAAAUUGUAAUAGGGUGAAGAAUUCUCUCUUCAUCCCUAGGGUUCUCGAUCCCAUUCUUUGGGGCAAUCAAGAGGGAACAGGAGAUUGACCAAGGAGAGUUCAUUAGCAGCUAGAAUUCUUGUAAAGCUGAUGAGAGUGUGGAUCUCUGUUUUUUGGAGGGAGAAACUUUGAUUUUGUGUAUGAGCUGCUGUUCUUGAUUAUUGAUUAAUAGAUGGCCUUCAACGGUGACUGUA